AUGAUGACCACCUACCAACUCCCUCACUCCCAGCCCGCCGGCGUGCGCAUGCUGCAGAAGCCCACCAACUCCCUUCUGCUGCUUCCUGCCCGCUCCUCCAUCCACCCGCGGCCGCUCUCUGAUGCAACCGAGAUUCUGGACACCGACUUUGAAGAUGAAUUCUCCGACGUCGACUCGCCCCGGCGAAGUGUAGAAUCGUCAAAACAGCUGGGUCAUGGCAGCUCAACGACCCUCUCCACGCCAGAUGACCUGCCCACUCCAAGUGCCCUGGAAACGGCCUUCAGCCUGGGUCUGGAGUCAAGUAAGCCGGUCCAAGGGCCAUCCGGGCCCCAUCUCUUCCGGGCUUCUCUCGAUGCAUCCGUAUCAGGCAGGCAGGACGACCAUGACUGGCAGGUAUCCAUCUCGCCAGACACCAUGGAUAACGUCAGGACCUCGGCCAUUGUUUUCAACGAGAAGAUCUUUGAUAACAGGCCGCCAGUCGACGAUUUCAGGCCUGGUAGCGGCAUGAGCAUAUCUCGCAUGUCACCACACCAGGACCUGGCCGAUGUUUAUGCAUGGACUCCAGCCCAGGUUGCAGAGUGGAUGUACGAGGCGGGGCUCGAGGACAUGGUCGUUGAACGCUUCAUUGAAAACGACAUCUCGGGCGCCGUGCUUCUGGACCUCCAGAUCGAGGACCUGAAGGAACUCGAUAUCCAGUCUUUUGGAAAGCGUCACCGCCUGAUGAACAUGAUUCAGAAUCUUCGUGCUGGUGCUCCCACCAAUCCAAACGAGAUCUCGUCGCCUAGAGUGAGUCGAUCCGCCUCUGUGAGAAGGGGUGGGAGCAAGGACUUCACUGGCCACUCCCCAGCUAGCGACAGAGAUACCUCUCGUCAGCAUCGACGAAACCGUGUGGUUUCAGAGAAGGACGUUAUCUCUCCAGGAGAAUCCGUCUCCAUCGUUGCCAUCGAACAGUUGAUCCCCAAGCCACACAAGUGUUCCAAGGGAGAGAACUGCCCAAAAUAUCAAAGACGCCAGAGGAGAAUUGCCCGCAUCGCCAAAGAGUUCCCCAACGAAUUUGCACAGGUCAGGGAUGACCUCGUCUCCGUCAAACUGUCCAGCCCCGUCAAGGCAGACAACAAUGGCAUUCGACCACAGUCCGACGUCACCACCUCCGUCGUGGCCUCGUCUGAUGUCCUCGGUCCUUCGCAGAUGCCAGAACUCCGGCUCAACGCUGAGAAUCUCAACGGCGUCCAGCCCAGGGAUCCACAAGAAAACGUCCGGCAAUUCCUGAGCUUCCAGCAUAUUCAGCAUCACAUCAGGCCUGAAGACGAGCAGCCUGCCUUGCAAAUGUUUCCUCCACUCUCACCUCCUGUAUCUUCAUCGACACCCGCUCAUAUAGCCACCCAGCUUCACACGCUUCCGAGACUCGUCAUCCCCCGAAGUGCGUCGGUGAAUGCUGCUUACUCCCCGGACCGAACGAUCACCCCUUAUAUGGGCUCACGACUCAUGGGAUCGGCAACUGCAACACAAGAGACGCACCCGUAUCAAUUCGACGGCCACGACGUCCUUCGUCAAGUGACCCCCUUUUCUGAGGUGGAUGCUCCAGUGACUGCCAUGCCCAUCGAUCCAUUGGACCGCGAUGUUUCACAAUCCGUCCCGCCCAACAUGAGAUAUGGUACUUUUCAAUCGCCGGCUGCCGACCCAAUCUACCGCCCGCAAUCUGUACGACCGGACUACCAUCGUCAACGGCCCUCAUUUGCGACAAUGGAGCCUCUUGCAGAAGAUAGAGUCCUGCUGCCCAUCAACAGUCCAUCUGAGUUCAGACCUGCUCUCACUCCAUUGCAGCCGCAACCAGCUGCGUUGCCAAACCCAACUGCCGAGCUUGCCCGGCCCGCCACAGGGACUCCAAAGGAUCCGGAUGUCUCGCACAGCGGGUGGAUGAAGAAGCGAAAAACGAAGCUUCUUCGCCACGAAUGGCACGACGCACACUUCACUCUCAAAGGCACCGUCCUUGCUAUGCAUAAGGACGAGCGCGACUCUCGAACCCUCGAGACAAUCGACGUAGACGACUACGCUGUCGCCUGCUCCUCUCUGGCCAGCAGCUCUAAGAUCACCGCCGCAUUCAAGCGGUCGGCGCUGAAAAAGGCUGCCAGUCUCUCCCAAAGCGGAUCGCACAAGGGGCUGGACGAAACCGCCUUCGCCUUCUCGCUGGUCCCCACUUCGGGAGAGAAAAAAUCGCUCUUCCUCGGAUCCAAGAGCCACCAUUUCGCCGUCAAGACGCGCGAUGAGCGGAUUAACUGGAUGCGAGAGUUGAUGCUCGCCAAAGCCCUGAAGAAGGGCAAAGAAGGAGGCAAUGAGAUCGGCAUGAACGGGAAUAUGAUCUGA